AAGUCUGUUUUAUCCAGUACAGUCGUUUACACCCAUUAUCUAAAUAAUUUUCGCGUUUGAAUUCAUCAAGGAAAUCUUUGUAUUUUUCAAUCUUUUUCUAAAUGCUCCCUGUUAUAAUGGAGAAGAAAAUGCCCACCUGAAAAUAGUUCAUUCUGUUGUUAAUCCACAAUCUGAAAACAGGGAUUAGAGAUCCAGCAAACCGCGUUGCAGUUUGGUGCGAUACUGACGCAUCUUCGUUAACGAAUCUAAAACGUUUGCACAAAACUGACAGGUUCUCCCAUCAAGAGCCCCACAAUCCAGUUAUAAGACACCCCGGGGUGCGUGCGAAACGCCUUGGAGGGGGAAUCCGCUGAUCAGACCGACAACUACACGGUCCGCUCCGUCCCUGGGUCCAGGCGAGAGCAGGGCACAAGGUUUAACGGCGCAGCGGUUGCCGUGGCUCCGGUCUAGUGGAUGCCAACCUCCACUGUCACUUUUAUGGGUGUUUCUCAUCUGCAUAAGCACUCUGGUCCUCCUGUCCCUUGAUCCCGCUCCUCUUUCCGUAGUGAGGGAUGUCUCUGCUCUAACCUCUCAAACUACUAAUCCAACUGACCAGACCGUUUGGGCACUGGGCCAUGGAGGAGUGUGACGUGCACUCCACUGCCAGCAUCCUGGCGUCGGUUAAGGAGCAGGAGGCCCGCUUUGAGCGGCUGACCCGCGCACUGGAGGAGGAGCGCCGCACCGUCUCCCUGCAGCUGGAGCGUGGCACCCUGCCCUCCACAGCUAGCGGCACCCAGAGCCUGGCCUGGCAGCAGAUGGUGAUGCAGGAGCAGAGUCCCAGUAACCAGACAUCCCUGGCAAUGAUGCAGGAGCCUCAGGAGAUUGUGGAGGAGACCGUGACCAUUGAGGAGGACCCCGGCACGCCCACGUCCCACGUGUCCGUGGUCACCUCCGAUGACGGGACCACACGCCGCACAGAGACCAAGGUGACAAAGGUGGUGAAAACUGUCACCCGGCGCACAUACCACCCUGUGGUGGUCAGCGAGACGCUAGUGGGGUCCAAACCGGCCACGCCCACCCCAGGGGACUCUGACUCUGUCACUAAGAUGGUGAAGACGGUGACGACACGCACCGUGCGCCAGGUGCCGCUGGGCCCUGACGGGGUGCCCUUCCCUGAGGGUUCGUCUCCUCUGGGCAGCUACACCAACUCCAUCGACAGGCGCUUCAUGAAGAACGGAGAGCGCUUCUCCACGCCGCAGGCCACGUCUACGUUGACCCGCUCCUACAACAACUACAGCGACUCAUACGGCGAGACGCCGGAGGGCCCAUACCGCCAUUAUGGGCUCCACGACGGCUACGGGGACUUGCCCGACAGCUACGGCAGCCUGUCGCGGGGCGUUAACUACCGACCCCGCUACCCAUACAUGGCCUCCAGUGGCUACCGGCCCGAGAACAGUUACACACUGCCCAUCCGCAAGGACGACUACAGUCAUGUGGCGCAGCCCCAGGUUCCCCUAGGGGGCACCGUCGACCUGAACCGCUCCCAGCCCGAGCGCUUCCAGGCCGAGCCCUACGGCCUGGAGGACGAUCGGCGCAGCCUGGGCCCCGAUGAUGACGAGCCAUACGACCUGGAGUCUGAUUACUCUACAGCCAAUCGGCGCACAGUGGGUGGAGCCAACCAUGGCAGACACAUGAGGGAGCCCCCCCGGGUCAGAGGGGGCUAUGAGGACCCCAUCGAGGCAGACCUGAUCGACGACCGUCACCCCUACAUGCCCAACUUGUACUCGGCCCCCCUGGCGCAGGCCGAACUGGGCAGCUUGGCCAGUCUGGACCGCAUGGGGCCGAUGGGCGGGCGGCGCUCGCCGUCGGCAGACAGCGUCCGUAAAGACCCGCGGUGGCGCGACCCCGAUCUGCCCGAGGUCAUCGCCAUGCUGGGCCACCCCGUGGACCCGGUGAAGUCCAACGCGGCCGCCUACCUGCAGCACCUGUGCUACGAGAAUGACAAGGUGAAGAAGGAGGUGCGGCAUCUGAAGGGCGUGCCGCUGCUGGUGGGGCUGCUGGAUCACCCGCGACCCGAGGUCCACCGCAAGGCCUGCGGAGCCCUGCGCAACAUCUCCUACGGCAGGGACCACGACAACAAGGUGGCCAUCAAGAACUGUGAUGGCAUCCCUGCUCUGAUCCGGCUGUUGAGGAAGACCAGCGACAUGGAGGUCCGGGAGCUCGUCACGGGAACAUUGUGGAACCUCUCCUCUUAUGAGCCACUGAAGAUGGUCAUCAUCAACCACGGGCUGCAGACCCUCACCAACGAGGUCAUCAUUCCCCACUCGGGCUGGGAGCAGGAGCCGAACGAGGACUCAAAGCCACGCGACGCCGAGUGGACCACGGUCUUCAAAAACACGUCGGGAUGCCUCAGGAAUGUGAGCUCAGACGGGGCAGAGGCACGACGCAGGCUGCGGGAGUGUGAGGGUCUAGUGGAUGCACUGCUGCAUGCCCUGCAGUCGGCAGUGGGCAAGAAGGACAUGGAUAACAAGUCGGUGGAGAACUGUGUGUGCAUUAUGCGGAACCUGUCCUAUCACGUGCAUAAAGAGGUGCCAGGGGCAGAGAAAUUCCAGGAGCCCUCAACCAAUCAGGCGCCAGGAUCGGUGGGGCCGCAGAGGAAGAAGAAGGAUGAUGCCGGCUGCUUUGGCGGAAAGAAGACCAAAGAGGAGUGGUUUAACCAAGGCAGGAAAAAUGGAGAGAGUGAGAAAAGCUACGACACACUGGACCUGCCCAAGCGGACGGAACCCACCAAAGGCUUUGAGCUACUGUACCAGCCCGAGGUGGUCAGGCUCUACCUGUCCCUGCUCACCGAGAGCCAGAACUAUAACACCUUGGAGGCUGCAGCCGGGGCUUUGCAGAACCUGAGCGCGGGCCAGUGGACUUGGUCCAACUACAUCCGAGCCACGGUGCGCAAGGAGAAGGGCUUGCCCAUCCUGGUGGAAUUGCUUCGCUCGGACUCAGACAAGGUGGUGCGGGCGGUGGCCAUCGCUCUGAGGAACCUGUCCAUGGACCGCCGCAAUAAAGACCUGAUAGGCAGCUACGCCAUGAGAGACCUGGUCAGCAACCUACCCAGCGGGCAGCAGCGGCCAGCCAAGAACCUGGAGGAGGACACAGUGGUGGCCGUCCUCAACACCAUCCACGAGAUCGUGACGGACAGCUCGGAGAACGCCCGCUCCCUCAUCCAGGCUCAGGCCAUUGAGAAGCUGGUGGCCAUCAACCGGACCAGCCAGUCCCAGAGGGAAACCAAGGCAGCAUCCUAUGUCCUGCAGGCCGUGUGGAGCCACAAAGAGCUGAGGAACAGCCUUGCUAAGGACGGCUGGAACAAGACGCAUUUCCAGCCCACUGCCACUAGCCAGGCCAAGGGGACCAGGAGUAACAAGCCAGCCUAUGAUGACACCACCCUCCCCUUGAUGGAGAAGAAUCAAGGCAACAAGAAAUCAAUCAGUGGUGACAUGAUACCUAUGGACGAGCUCGAUCCAGAUGGAUAUUCCACCAUCGAUCAGAAGGACAAGGACUGCAAGUACAAGAGCGGGGAUGUGUCGAGUGACCUGGCAGAACGGGAACCGCUGAAGAAUGACACAAAUAGGAAACAGUUUGUCAGGACUAACAGACCAGCGGUGAAUCUGGUGGACACUUGUGAUGUUAAACCUCAGCCUGUAGACUCCUGGGUCUAAAUGCAUGCAUGGCUUAAAAUCAAAACAGCGCAACAUGUCAGCGAGAAGAGGAUGGUCAUAUAUCACUGCCAUCACACACGGAGAAGCAGAUUUUAUACAUGUACACACACGAAGACUCAGCCACCCUGCAGCCGACGUCUCCAGCUUCUCAGCAUAACGUGGCUAUUUAAAUGGAGGCCGGGAAUGCAGAGCCUCUCCUUCUCUUUACAUCUGCAUCCCUCUGGAAGCGCCGGGGCGAUCUCGACGGGUUCAGCGUGGCCGGGGUUUGGUGCAUGCUGGGAGAAACGGACAUGUGACCGAAGGAGAUGGGGAGAGGAGCAGAAACGCCAAGACGGAACACUGCUGCUGCUGCUCUGUCCAUUUUUUUCAGCGUUUUUCCUGUUUGGAGGGCACUGAGCUCAGCUCAUCGCUUCUUUUCGGUUUAUUAAGAUCCUUUCCCAAGGCUUUUUCUGCUUGUUUAGAGACCUGAAGGGUUGCAGAGUGAGGUGAGAGACGUCUAAGUGAGACUAUGGAUGGAAAGCAGAUGGGCUGCUGGGAGGCACGGCAGUGAAGUUCACACUGCGCGGCUUCAUUAACGUGCCUCUCAGAACACUUUAUUACUCAUUAGUUGCUGAAACAUGCCUCUUUCUUGUGUAAAAAUCAAGGGUCUGAUACACUUGGCAAAUCGGUUUGGUGGUAUUUCGGGUGUCCAAAGGGUGGAUGGAGGGAUCUGGUGGUGUUUACGUAUGUCCAGAAGGUGAAUAGAGAAUCUGGUGGUGUUUAUGGUUGUCCAGUGGGUGUAUGGAGUAUUUGAUGAAGUUUAAGGGUGUCCAAAGGUCGGAUGGAGGAUCUGGUGGUGCUUAAGGGCGUCAUAAAUGUGGAUGGAGGAUUUGGUGGUGCUUAAGGGCGUCAUAAAUGUGGAUGGAGGAUCUGGUGGUGCUUAAGGGCGUCAUAAAUGUGGAUGGAGGAUGUGGUGGUGCUUAAGGGCAUCAUAAAUGUGGAUGGAGGAUCUGGUGGUGCUUAAUGGUGUUCUAAGGAUGUAUGGAGGAUCUGAUGUUUAAGGUUGUCCAAAGUUUGGAUGGUGGAUAUGGUGUUGUUUAUGGUUGUCCGAAGGCUGGGUGGAGGAUCUGGUGGUGCUUAUGGGUAUUCUAAAUGUAGAUCUCUGACGUGGUGAGGCGUUUGAAUGUAAAUGUUGUUCCUGCAUCUUCAGACUGAGGAAGAUGUGGAAUGAAAGGUUUCCUCAUGUUUUAGGUCUGCUAGGGACGGGUGAAUCCGCUGGACGCACUGAGCGCGGUCGGAGAACCCGGUUCACUGCCCUCUGUUUUCAGGAAGGUAACUGGUGAGCAAUCCAUUGGCGAUUUAGGGUAACAGAAGUGGAGAGGAACAGAAGUUUGCUGGGAGCUCUUUCCUUUCAAAGCAGUUUAUAUUUUUCUUGGUUUCAUAAAUGUAUAUUAGGGUUAAAAUAAUAAGCAAAUACUGACCUUUAUCUAUCGUUAGCCAUGUAGCCAAGCAAAGCGAUGGACCGGAAGCCCAGACUCUGCAUUUGGGGUUUGGUUGUUUUUUUUUUUGUAAAAAGUAAUAACUGCUAACCUAACAGUGUGAAAACCAGUAGUAAUGCUGAUUACCAAGUUACGUUUUUGUAUCGUCAAGAGCAAAAGACUUAUCUGCCACUUUGUAGAAGCGGAAAAAAAAAAGAAGUCAUUUUCUAUUGCAGAGCUGGUUGCCAAACACUAUCAGGGAUGGCUGGGGGGGGGGGAUGGGUCGCCAAACACGGGCACGGAGAAUCAGUGGGAUGCGGGAGACUGGCAUGGAGACAUACAGGCAGCUGUGUGAAGCCCAUACAGGCACUGAUGCAGUUCAGUCCAUUUUUGUAACACAUCUUUUCAUGUCCUUCGAAACAAGCAUGAAAAAAUUGUGGAUGUUUAUGUUCUGUGUGCCAGUUUUUUUUUUCAUCAUGGUGUAAACUUCACAGCUGGCUGGGAGGGAACUUGGAAACUUUCACUGCUAACGUCAAGGCAAUACUAGCAUCAGUUAGUGUCAGUCUGAAAGCUACUAAUUCUCCUUUCAUGAGCUGAACGGUAGGCAGGGAACCAUGGGAGCGAGGAUCCUGCCAUCCGUCAGACCUCCUCCACAGGUGACUGGCAUGCUCCUGUUAUACAGUGUGAUUUCCUUUAUUGUGUCACUUUCUAAAACACUGCAGUAUUUAUAAAUACACAUGUAUUGGAAGGAAAAUCCUAAUUUGGACAAUUAAAAGAAAAUUGUCCUGUUUUCUGUCUUCACUCCUGUGUGCAUUUAGAGGGGAUGUGUCCCUUACCGCGGUACACGACCACAGGACCUGGCUUCGUGCCUGUGUGCCUGUGUAAACAUACACGGGAAAUUAGCAUGGCGGGGCCCAGCACCGCCGGGGGGAUUCCCGACACGACACUAAGCGAGA